AGGGCUGAGCUUCCUGUGCACAACUUUGACCUCUUCUGAAUAUCGACGUUUCUGAAAGUUUUGAGAUUAAGUAAAAGAAGAUAAGACAAAUCAAACAAGAUGGUUUGCCCUAUGGGUAAAAAAAAUCCUCGUCAAGAGAGUACUACUGAGUAUCCGUUUGAGCCGCUCUACCGUCCCUGGAGCUGGGCCCUGAGCAGCUUCUCCAACAUCCUCCUCUUUGCUGUGCUCUUUGCAGUCAUGUACAUCAUGUACAGACAAAGAAAGACCAAAGGAAAAAGAGAAGUUAGCUACCGAACUGUGGAAUCGAAACAAGCAGAAGCAAUGAAAUCGGAGGGCAAGAUCAAAGCUGUUGUUACUGGAGGAAGUGGAAGUCUUGGCAAACAGAUUGUUCGCUGCCUCAUAGAAGAUGGAAACUAUCUAAUCUACUCGCUCGACCUGUUCAUUCCCGAUGAAGAAGUUCGAAAUGACGAUGUGUUCUCGUACAUUCAAGCCGAUAUCCUUGAUAAAGACAGUUUGAGAAUAGCUCUGAAGGACGCUGAAGUCGUUUUCCACACUGCAAGCAUAAUUCCAACUUUUGUCGGCUAUACCAAACAGGACUUCUAUGACGUCAUUGCCACUGGAACAGAUAACAUUGUAUCGGUUUGUAAGGAACUUCGAGUGAAGAGACUAAUCUACACAAGUAGUGUGAACGCCAUGUUGCGAAAAAAUCAAACUGUUGACAACUUGGACGAGACCACCCCCUAUCCGGAAGAACCUAGGGAGAGUUACGGAAGUGCUAAAAUAGUUGCCGAAAAAAAUGUACUUGGAACAAAUGGCGUGGAUGGAAUUCUAACCUGUGCCUUGCGACCUUGUUUUAUUGCUGACAGUAAAUCAAUCAAAGGUUUUGGGUUAUUGUAUUUUGGUGAUGGACUUUACAAACAAAUGCUUAUUCCAAACGACACUGCAGCUAGAAUUCACCUUCUUGUCGAGAAAAAGUUACAAGCGGAAGGUUUGGCCUCUAAAAUUGCUGGAAAGGUUUACAUUGUUGGAUUCGAAGAUUCAUUUACACACCGAGAGUUUGCCGAAUUUGUAGCAUCUGAGAAAGAUGGAGAAGUUGGUGGUUCCAUUCCAAUAUGGGUCUUGAAGCUUAUGGUCUACUUCAAUGAGUAUGUGUACAGAGUGAUUGGAAAAGCCCCUAUCAGCCCAAUGCUUAGAAUCGAUAUGUUUGACCUCAUGACCAAGUCUCACACGUAUUCAAGUGCUCUGGGAAGGAAGGAAAUUGGCUGGGAGGACCCGAGAAGCUGGAAGGAUGUGGUUAGAGAGCUCAUUAAAGCAUCAAAAAAAGACAAUUAGUCUAUGACUGUGAAUUUACAUUGCUAAGUAAGCUCUAUAAAGAAAAUUUUACAAUGUAGACUAUGUGAUCUG